AUGGAGAAGGUUAUUACUAUGCGUGAAAUAAUUACGAAUACAAGAAAGGUAAAAUUACAUGAGAAUUUUUUAGAGGAUUGUAAUUUAAAAGAUAUAUUUUAUAAUGGAUUGGAAACAGUAAAUUGUGGAUAUAAUGAUUAUGUAAAUAUGAAAACAUGGCUAUUUGUUUUAUCUGAAAAAAUGUUUCGAACUGAUUAUGAAGAACUAGCAUAUGUAGCAUGUGAUGCUUUAAAAGUAUUAUUAUGUAAUAGUAAAUUUUUAAAUGUUAUAAUUUUUAAAUUAUUAAGAAAAAAAUUAGAAAAAGAAAUUUUAAAGAUUAUGGGUAUAUGUUGUUUAACGGUGGCUUCAAGAAUGCAACAAAUAAAUGAAAGUACUUGUUUUAAAGUUAUAUUAGAAUUAUCAAAUUUAAAAGAUAAAUUAAAUGAAUUUAAUAUAAGACAAAUUGAAAUGGAUGUUUUUGUUACCUUAGCUCAUUCAGGUUUUUGUUUUGAAAAAAUUAUUACACCUGUUAAUGAAUUAAAUCAAAUAAUGAAAUUUCUAGAAACAUAUGAAAAUUUUUUUGAUAAUAAUUUUAAUACAUUUAAAUCUUCAAGUAAUUUAAUGCUAAAAAUUAUUUAUUGUAUGGUUCCAGUUUUUAAUAUGAAUAUUUAUAAUUAUUCUAUUGUUAAUUAUGCUUUAAGGUUAUUUAUUCAAGAUAAUGAUAAAUAUGAAUUCAUUUUUGAAAAAUUAAAACAAAAUUAUCAAGAUAAAGAAAUUAUACAUAUUUCCAAUUUUCAAAAUCAUAUGCAUAAUAUUAUUAAUGCUUUCAAAAAUACAUCUAUCUUUUCAGCAAAGGAUUCUAUUUUAAAUAAUCAGCUAGAUGUUCAAUUGUUUGAAGAGAUAAACAAAAAAAUUGAAGCAUACCAUGAACAAAAACAUAAAACCUGA